UGGUAGUAGUGGCGGUGGCGGGGGGUAGGGUUGGUGGAGUCCUGAGGUGCCUGGAUUGAGUUCCGCAGACUGUGGAUGGUUUCGGGCCGCGAUCACCAUGUGGGGGGCGGGGGGCCCUGGAGUAGCCGCGGUGAGCGUCUCUCUGAGCGGCGCGCGGGACUGCUUCCUGCACCUGCCGCCCGGGCUGGCUUCCAGCCUCCAUCUGCAGCAGGGUCAAGCUCUGAAGGUUUCCUGGGGUUAUCAACCUAUAUUCUUGGGCUGGAUAGAAAUCAGACAUUAUGGUCAGAAAGAAGGAAACAUUGUUGAAAUAAACAGACAGCUAGCGGAGAAACUUGGUAUUGCAGAUAAGCAACAGAUAUUCCUUGAGCCCUGUUCCCAAGUCUUGUCCUGUCAGCAAGUAGAAGUGGAACCCAUUUCAGCAGAUGAUUGGGAGAUACUGGAGCUGCAUGCUUCCUCUCUCGAAAGCCAUCUUCUUGAUCAAGUUCGAAUAGUGUUUCCCAAAGCUAUCUUCCCAGUGUGGGUUGAACAACACACUUGUAUUUAUAUCCAGAUUGUUAGUCUAAAACCAGCUGCUAUCUAUGGAAGACUUGAACCUCGAACAGAACUCUUCAUACUCCCUAAAGUACGCCAGUGUGGAGAAAGUUCCACCAUGCUGCCUUCUGCAAAUAGUGACGUUUUACAGGAUACUGUUUCUGAAACCGAGUUCGAUCAAAGAGAAAUAAGUAAGGAGCCACGUGCCAAAGAAAUGGAUUUAAAUACAGGAGUCCAAGAUCAUAAGCCAGAUACAAAAGUGUCAUUUAGUUCAAAUGUCCUGCCAAACAUAUGGAAUUUAAUUGGGAACAUUUUCUCUCACACUUCUGACAAGAAACAGGAGGCUUCUUGCAUCGCUGAUGAACUGAGUGCUGUCAAAGACAACCUCUUGAACUUGAUUCACAUGGAUUCUAUAUUCCGAGUAUGCCAGACUCAGCCCCAUAGUGUGCAAAGUACAUCAGUCACAUAUACGUUUAAUAAACACAACGCUAUUCAUGUUUUUCCAUGGGAUUCAGAAUAUGCUACUUCAGAUGCCAAUAUUCAGGUAUCUUAUGGAAAGAUUAGUAAACUACUUUCUCCAAGACAACAGCAUCAAGAAUCAAAGCAGAAUCUAACAUCAAAGAAAGAAAAGCAGGUGAUCAAUGUGCAAGAUCCAAACCAAUCCAGCUCUGGUAGAAGUCAAGAAUCCAAUGAGAUUUCUGUGGUACAAAUCAUAUGGAAUGGUUUUGAGGACCUAAAGAAUGCCAUAAUGUGUAAUCAUAACGUGGAGCAGCUGCAUGUUGGAAGAGUUUGGAUACCAGAUGGCUUGAGGAAGAGACUACAAAUAGAACUACAUGCAGCUGUCAGAAUAGCUUCAGUGAAUUCAGAUCCUAAAAUUCCAACAUCUCUUAGAUUGCAUCCUAAGAAGACUUUAAAUAAUUAUAUCAGUGAAGAUGACAUUAAAAAUGCUUUUAAUUUGUGGCUGGAGGAUUACAGUACCAUCAACGUCCCUUUGAUAAUAGCAGACAAAGGCUAUUUACAAUUAGCACUUGGAAAUGGCAUGGAGGACUUUGUCCUCAGUGUAGUGUCUUCGCCUGACACCGAAGAAGAGAAAUCAAAACAUACUUUCCUCUUGAGCCCCAGCAUGCUGCAGAAAGCAAAUAUGCAAGUUCUGCUACAUCCCGAGAGCUCAGUAGCCAAUGGUGGUGGUAGCACAGAGUCAUCUUGUGACCUGAUCCUCCCAUGGUUCAGUCUGAACUGUUUAGGAGGAAUAGAUAAACUAGGAUUAUCCUCCUUUAAGCAUAUAUCACACAGCCUCUUGGGACGACCACUGUCUCAGAAGCUAGCCACCAUAUCUGCUGGACUACGCAGUGGAGGUAUCCUGAUUACUGGAGCAAAGGGAAGCGGCAAGUCAACAUUAGCAAAGGCUAUCUGCAAAGAAGCAUUUGAUCGACUGGAUGCUCAUGUGGAAGUAGUUGACUGUAAAGCUUUAAGAGGAAAAAGAUUAGAAAACAUACGGAAAAAACUAGAAGAGGCAUUUCUAGAGGCAGGAUGGAGACAACCAUCUGUUGUUCUGUUAGAUGAUCUCGAUCACAUAGUUGGUGUUCCCCUUGCUCCAGAACAUGAGAAUAGUCCUGAAGCAGUCCAAAGCAUUCGCCUAGCUCAUGUUCUGAAAGAUAUGAUAAAAGAAAUUAUUUCCAUGUGCAGUUUGAUUGCACUUAUUGCCACAAGUCCAUCUGAACAAUCAUUACAUCCUUCCAUUGUGUCUGCCCAAGGAAUUCACAUAUUUCAAAAUUUCCAACAUAUCAAGGUUCCAAAUCAGGGGCAACGAUGUGAAAUACUUCACUCCAUAAUCAAAAAUAAACUUAACUUCAAUACAGACAGAUUAUCUGAUCUUGAUCUCAAUCAAAUUGCAAAGGAAACAGAAGGAUUUGUAGCAAGAGAUUUGACAAUGUUAGUUGAUCGCGCCAUACAUUCGUGUGUGUCUAGCAGAAGAGGGUGUAAAAAAGAUUUGAUUCUAUCAACAUUAGACUUUCAAAAAGCUUUAAAAGGUUUCACGCCAACAUCUUUGAGGAACAUUAAUCUCCAUAAGCCUCAGGACCUUGGCUGGGAUAGGAUUGGCGGUCUGAAGGAGAUACGGCAAGACCUUAUAGAUACUAUCCAAUUACCUGCAAAGUAUCCAGAAUUAUUUGCAAACCUGCCAAUACGACAAAGAACAGGAAUCUUAUUGUAUGGAGCUCCAGGAACAGGAAAAACAUUGUUAGCCGGUGUAGUUGCUCGAGAGAGUAGAAUGAAUUUUAUCAGUAUCAAGGGUCCAGAAUUGCUCAGCAAAUACAUUGGAGCAAGUGAGCAAGCAGUCCGUGAUCUAUUUAACAGAGCACAGGCAGCCAAGCCUUGUAUACUUUUCUUUGACGAAUUUGAUUCCCUUGCUCCUCGUCGAGGUCACGAUAACACUGGAGUAACUGACAGAGUUGUUAAUCAACUGCUGACUCAGUUAGAUGGAGUUGAAGGCUUAGAAGGGGUUUAUGUCCUAGCAGCCACUAGUCGUCCCGAUUUGAUUGACCCUGCUCUGUUGAGGCCUGGUCGACUGGAUAAGUGUCUUUAUUGUCCACCUCCUGAUCAGAAAAUCCAAGCUUAUUGUUCCAAGUUCCAGACUUCCCGAUUUGAAAUUUUAAAAGCACUGAGUCAUUCUCUGCCUCUGGCUCAUGAUGUGGAUUUUCAGCAUUUGGCGACAAAAACAGAACAUUUCACAGGAGCAGACUUAAAAGCUUUACUGUAUAAUGCUCAGUUAGAGGCAGUGCACUCUAAUUUGGGCUCAGCAUUGCCCCAGGAUAUAGGUUCUAGUUCAGAUAGUGAUCUCAGUUUGUCUUCAAUGGUUUUCUUAAACCAAAGCAGUGGAUCAGAUGAUUCUGCAGGAGAAGGAGAAGGAGGCUUCGAACAAUCUCUGGUCUCCCUUGAUAUGUGUGAGCUCCUUCCUGAAGAUCCAAGGUCCAACAUAUAUCGUCUUUAUUUUGGCAGCUCCUAUGAAUCAGAACUUGGCAAUGGAACUCCUUCAGAAAUGAGUUCUCAAUGUUUUUCUGGACCAAACUCCAUAAAUCAUGAUUUAACCAACCUCUCACUGAAGGAUUUAGUAUCUUCUCAGCCCCCAGCAUUAAGAACAGCCUUACAGGAAGGUUACCAAGAACUCAGUCAAGAACAAAUAGAGCAACUCAGGGCUGAAAUCAAUGCUAUCAAGGCCAACUUCAGGAACAAAAAUGGAGAGGAAGUAACUCCUAGUCAAUCAGUGAUAUCUAAGAACGCUUUAAGUAUUACACAGUCUCACUUAAUGACUGCACUUGGAAACACAAAGCCAUCUAUUAGUCAAGAUGACUGGAAUCACUUUGCUGAAUUAUAUGAUAAUUUUCAAAAUCCAAAGAAGAAGGGGCCCAGUGGAGCAACUUUCAAACCGGGACAGAAAGUGACAUUAGCUUAACUGCUGCUAAUAAUAUGUUGAUGAUCACUGAAUAACUUCUACAGUAACAUGUUUACAUUAUUAAAUAAUUAAAGUGUAUAUACCUCUGGGUAUGAUAAUGCUAAGAUGAAAAAUAAUAUUUUCUUUGAAAUAGUUGGGAAAUGAUUUUACAUAAUUUUAGUUUUCAAAGUUAUGUCUUCCUACAAAUCUAUAUUAAAAUGUUUGAUAUAAUAUUGGUGACUUUGUGUUAAACUGUUUUAUUUCAGAAGAGUGUUGUUAUUAAACAGAUCCACUUCAUGCUGGAUGAGAGAGAGAACCAGGCAUUACCCAGUUCUCCAUUAGGCAGAGGUGUGAAGGAUUUAUUUACUGUAGUAUAAAGGGUUAAUCCCCUAUAUAUGGGAAGGGCUUCAUGUUGUCAUCAGAAAGGCCCCGGUCUUUUUGUUGUAACUGAAAUAAAGCUCUUGGAAAAGACA